AUGCAGACAAGGCGAGAUGAGGAUGAGGAGCCUGAGCCGGGUCAGGCCAUCACUAAGGAGGAGCCCAGGGACGGAGGGGACAACGCAGACUCAGACUUCAACAACGAGAUAGACAACGAUGACGAAAGUGAUGAGGCAGACAAGAAAGACGACAAGGAGGAAAAGAAGGGCAGCAACGAGGAAGAGGAGGCAGAGGAAGAGGAGAAGGAGAUCGUCAUUGAUAACGGGAAGACGAAAGAAAUCCUGAAGGAGAAGCAGGAGGCGGAAGGGGAGGGAGAUAAGGAGGACGAGAAGGAAAGUGAAGAAGAAUCAGAGGUCAUCAACGACGCAGACGUGGACACAGCCGGAGAAAAGGAAGAAAAGAAGAUGAGUGAUGAUCUAGAAAAUGAGCUGAGGGAGAAGUACGGAUACGUGGAUUCCUCAAACGGAGGCACAACACCUAAUGACGUCACGACUGCCCAGGAGCUGCUCCAGACCGAGGCUGACGGUGAUGACGCGCAGCUGCAGGAACCUGACAUGUCCUUCCCUCAACUCACACCCGAAGAAUAUGACGAGCUGGCCAAGGAAUUCGACCGACGUGUGGAGGAAUACUACAGGAAGGGCUUCCUGAACCGGAAGGAAGUUCAGGAUCUUGAGGCUAUGGUGGCGCCGUACUGA